AAUUAUAAAUCUUGCUGACUCGACUUGCACCCAUUAAUUAGUGGCUUUGGCUUCUUUGGGCAGGAGCCAGAACUUCUUUAUCUCUGUAGAUUAGGUUUCUUUCUCUUUGUAGCGUUUUUAUAAAGCACACCAAAUUGGCAAAUCACUCAGCAUAAUAGGUUCAACACAAAUCUGGACGAUCUCUCUCUCUUUUUUUGAAGCAAUCAUAUCUUAUACAGACUGGUUUUUACGCAUUUUAAAAAUUCGAUAUCCACAUGUACGAUCAAUAAAUAUAAUCAAGACGAAAAGAAUCAAACAAAAGUCGGACCCAAUAUCUGAAUGAAAUACUUAUAACAUUGAACAAACAAAGAGACACCACAAAUGUUUUCGGAUCCAUUUGCGGGCCGCAGUCGAAGCGGCAGUUUCAACAAGAGUGGGAGCUUCAAGUCUCAGCAACCUAGCUCCUCAUCAUUCGUGGCCACGAGUGCUAGCAUCAGAGAGACUGGGAUCAUUGACAAACUCAUGCAAAGCUUUGGGUUCAUCACGUGCUGUGAGAGGAAUGAGUCCAUCUUCUUCCACUUCUCACAAUACAAUGGCAGUGCCUCAGAACUCAGCUCUGGAGAUGAGGUGGAGUUUGAAGUGGGUGUGGACUCCAGGACUGGUAAGCUGAUAGCACGACGACUGGUCCUCCUACCCACUGGCACCGUCUCCUUCGAGAGCAUCAGCGAGGAGAGACUACUGGGAAAGGUUGACUGUGAGCCCAAGAUCAUCUCAAUAAGAGGGGCUUCCCCUUCAGAGAGAGAUGGGCCGGCCAGAGGGUCAAAGGUGAAGCAGACCUACAAUGAUCCCAUGAUGGGCAGGAUCAUCUACGAGAGGAGUGGGGAGGUCUUCUUUGUGCCGUACACAUUCACUGAUGUCAACGAUGAGAGAGACAUUCGCAAGGGAGAUGAGGUCUCCUUUUACAUGGCCAAGAACAAGAGGACCGGAGCUCUUAAAGCCAGGCUGGUGAGAUUGGUGCAGCCAGCCAAGGUGGAGACUGUGCAGGGAAUAGUGAAGACAAUGAAGGACUCCUUCGGGUUCAUCGAGAGAGCUGACCUUGUCAAAGACAUCUUCUUCCACUACAGUGAGGUGACUGGUGAGUCCAGUGUGGAGGUAGGCUCCUGUGUGGAGUUCGUGGUGCAGAACAGACAGGGUAAGGACGUAGCUGCCAACAUCCAGCUCCUCUCCGCCGGGUCAGUCCAGUUUGACGAGGUAGCGGGGGACUUCUUACAGGGGGUGGUCAAGAAACCUGUCAUCCGCUCGUUCACCCACGGCCGCGGGAAGGAGACGGAGAGCACCCAAGGGGAGGUCACGUACAUGGAGGACAUGGACGGGGUUCGUGUGCUGUCGUAUAGUGACACAGACCAGGUGGGGGACUUCACAAUGCUCUCCGGGGACAUAGUCAACUUCAGUCUGGCCAUUGACAAGAGAGACGGCACAGAGAGAGCCACGGGUGUGAGGCUACACCGCCUGGUCGAGGAGCAGAAGGACACAUCUCAGAGGGAAACGGGUGUGGUGGCGGCACUGAGGGAUGGGUUCGGGUUCAUCAAGUGUGCUCAGAGGGACAUGAGGAUGUUCUUCCAUUUCAACGAAGUCAUUGAUCUCGACCACAAACUGGCGCAGUACGAUGAAGUAGAGUUCUCUGUACAGAAUGACUACACAAACGAGAGACUCCAUGCUGUCAGGAUCAAGGUCAUACCCCUGGGCACUGUCAAGUUUGAGCUGUGUUCUAAUGAUGUGUACACUGGAUCAGUGGAGGAAGAGCUGCCUGGAGAUUGCCCUAGGAACCAACCCAGCGUGCACAAGAUACAGAGUGAGGGUGACUCUGGGACUAUUCGUUUCCUGGGUCCCACUGGUGAUGUGGAGGUGGUCAAGUUCUACUGGUCCUCCGAUCGUCUACAAUUUGGAGAUCAGGUUGAGUUCCAGGUGGCCACUCGUAGCUACGACAACCUCGUGUUCGCCACUGAUGUGAGGGUGGUUCAGAAAGCCAAGGACAUCAAGUUCAGGGGCUUUGUGGCUACUCUGAAGGACAGCUACGGAUUUAUAGAGUCCGAGGAGCACGACUGUGAACUGUUCUUUCCCUUCACGUCAUGCAACGGAUUCUGCGACCCCCACGAGCUCAAGGUGAUGGACGAGGUCGAGUACGGUAUAGUACGCAAGAACAGCAAACUGUCGGCUGAUGAGAUCACCAAACUGCCCCAAGGCACUAUUCAAUCGGAGGCUUUGAAGCAAGGACAGUACAAUGGCGUCGUAGAGAAGCCAAUGAAGAGCACAGACAACGCUCUUGACUAUGAGGGCAUUAUCAAGCCUACUGGCGGAGAUGGCCCCUCCCUUCCUCCUCAGCUGCCCUUCAGUGCCACGAGCCUCGCUGAUCACAGAGUUGCACUAGCUCAGGGAGACACGGUCCAGUUCCGGGUGGGGGUGUGUCCCCAUUCCGACACUAUGCGGGCCGUCAAUGUGCAGUCAUGCAAGAAGUUCCUCAGGGGCACUGUGGAGACCAUCAAGGGAGAGUACGGAUUCAUCACCUGCCACGGGUCCUUGUCCAGCCGUAGCAACAGCCCCACCAGUAAUGGAGAGAGUAUCUUUUUCCACAUGAAAUCUGUGGAAACUGAUUUCACUGCCCUACAUUCUGGAGAUGAGGUCGAGUUUCUUUUGGUGAGCAACAGCAAAUCAAAGAAGAAUAGUGCCAGCCAUGUCAAGAAGCUCAGUGCCAAUGAAAGGCCAGAAAGGUUGAGAAGAAAACAAGUCACGCCAAGAGCUCAGGCCCCAAUGAAUGUGAGCCGUCAGCCGAUUGGUCCGGACAGCAGUGGUGGGUUUGCUCCUCGUACGUUCCUCCCCUCCCCUGCUCUCAACCGGAGUUCAAAUGUGAGCCCCACUCCACAAUAGUUAGUACCACAAUGCAAGCUAAAGAACUGUCAAGUAUCGAGACACCCUAACACAACGUGAACAAUUAUAAUUCCUUGCUGUCAGUCAUUAAUAUGGAAAUUAAUAUAAUUAGAAUUUCUAUUUUGUCACAAUUUUGCAUGCGUGUAAAUGUAUAUAAUUAUACACUGUG